AAAUCGAAGCUUUCCUCAGUCUACUCACUGUUCAAGAGAACAAAAUGGCACAAACUAAUGGAAAGAAAGUACAACUAACUCUCAAAAGUGAUUCCGAGAUCAAGUUGAAAACCCCCGUUUUCGAUGACGAUUCCAUACAAGUGGUAGAAGUGAUUGAACAAAAAAGUGUUGAAGUUUUCGUGCGUGAUGAACUCCGGCUGAUCAAAUAUGUCCUCCAAAACAAUGUCUGGACCAAAGCUUACGCAAAGGAAAACUUUUUCAAAAAUCAACUCAUGCUAAAUUCGAAAAAUUGGCUAGUGGCAAGACUGCAAGGAACGACCUUCAUCGCGCUGUUCACCAAGUUUGGACUAGCAAUUUAUGACGAUUCCAAGAAUCUGCAGGAAGUGAUCGUGGAUGGCAUCAUGGAUUCGAUCAACAUGGCAGACGGUGAUGGAGUUAAACCAAUCAUUUUGCACGGAGUUUACGAUGAUCGGAACGUGCUGUUCUUUGGCCGUGACAACAAGGGGGAAGUGUACGUGGAAAUGUUCAAUUCUGAGGGGAGAGUGAUAAAUCUACUUGUUAUUGAGAGUGGCUUUUCAAGUGGUGUGUUAUUUGGUGUUUACGAGCUUGGUGGUGAGCUACGAUCCCUUGGUAAACGGCUGGAGAAGGAGAUCAUUUUGUAUGAUAUGAUCAAACCGACGUCGACGACAUUGCAAAUUAAAGCUACAAUUCCAAUUGGAUCAACGCUUGGAUCGUUCGAUAAAGCCUUUAAGAAGGACUCUACACUGUAUUACUUCAACGAUGUUGGGCUCUCCGUGAUUGAUUUGGAUACCAAGAAGCAAAAGCUGUAUUGCAAUGAGUUUUCUGCACUUCGUGGAUGGAAUCAAAAGUAUUUUGAUACAAUACAAUUUGUUGAAGGUGAAGAAGUUAUAUUUAUAUUCUCUGGACCUAAAGGAAUCGGCAGCUGUCAGAUAUCUAACAAUUCUUGUGACUUGAAGCAUGCAGGAAGAAGCGAUUUCAAGAACGUGAACGUUUUAAAAGUUUUAAAAAACCCCAACUCUUUGAGAGUUGUUAGUUUUUCAGAAGACACCAUACAAAUUCUAACCCUCUCUGAGACUGAUACAAUUCAAAAGAUCCCGAAACACGAACUCAAAUCAGCUGAACCAACCCCGCUUACAGUCUCGGACGACCUCCUCCGCAAAAUCGAUCCAACCCUCAAGAUUCCCACCGUUCGCUGGUGGGGCGAAACGUUCGAUGAGACGAUCUUCAAGGAAGCCACCAACCGGAAUACCGGCAGGUUGAGCUUUGCGUUUCCGCUGGUGGACAUCCAGAGCAGGAUGGGCAUCCAGAUUCAGGUGAGCGCGUUCUACGAGGAUUCGGAGGAAGUUGCUGGUGGAGCGCUGGGAGUGAACUGGAAGCUGGAGGAGAACUACAUCGUGGUGGAUCGGAAGGGCACGGUGUUUGAGGAACUUCAUGAGUACUAUUUGGUAAGGGGGAAUCGGAGGGCGAGGCUUUUGAGGGAUUUCGAGGGAAGUAAUGGGAAGGUGGUAAAGUUUUCGAUUGCUGAUAUGAAGGACUUGAAGAUUGAGUUGAGGUAUAAUGAUGAGCAGUGGUUCGUUGAAGAUAAGAAGCUUCGAUAUAUUUUCGGGAAAGAUGGUAAUAGAGAGGCGAUUUCUCGGAUGACUGGGUGGGAAAAUUGGUUUGGAUCAACCGCAAAACAAGUGAGACAGAGCAAUAUCAAAGUAUUCCCAUUUGCCUGGCAUUUGCUUAAAGUGGAGAACAUUUGGGAUUCCACUGAUGUGAUUUCGUAUCAUUACAAUGUUGAUAAAGAUGGGGCUAAGACAAUGGUAUCUAAUUUGAUCAAGAUUUCUGACUUGAAAAGUCACUCGAUUGAACUCGUUUAUGAUUCAAAUAAACUAUUGACUAAUAUUGAAAUCAAAACUCUGUGGUAUAAUCAAAGCUUGAUUUUAAAAUAUGACCAGAACUACUUGAAGUCCAUCAAUCAAUUCAAUAGAAUUAUGCUAGCCUUCGAUUACUACUCCAACGGAGGUAAAAGACGUCAACUUGCAGAAGUUACCUUACCAUCAAGUGAGAAAGUAAACUACGACAAUCAGAAUGUGGCAGUCCCCAACGAAGAAGUAAACUUUGGAAAAAGUGAAAUUUUCAUUGGAAGAGGCUCAUACCUUUUGGAGGCCAAAUUGAAAGACAACAAAAUAUCAAUAAGAACUCGGGACCUGGCAGGUAAAAACAACAUGGUAGAGGAAAAAAACUUCUCGGUUGACUUUUACGAGAGGCUAGACUCCUUCCAUGCGAUUGUUGAGGAAAAAUUCUUUUUGGUGCUUUGUUAUUUUGAAAAUCUCCUCUCGCUUUACGUUUUUGGUUUAGAAGAAUUUGCUAUGGAUAUGCUGAAAAGGUAUACAGCAAACAAAAGCCAAACCGAUGUUCGCGCAGAUCACAACUACAUUCUCGUAAGAAAUCAUAAUAAUUUGAUCUUUUUUCACUGGAAUGAGAGAACUAAAAGUUGGAAGACUGAUUCUCAGCAAAUUUCAAAUUUUUAUUCAAUAGCCUUCAUUGAUCGAGGUGUGGCAUAUUUGACCACCGACCAUCAGCUUACAAUUUGCAGGUGGAAUCAUGGCAUGAAAAAGAUGGUGAAGGAAAUUGGAUCAAAAUUGCACAAUUUUAGCAAGAUUGAUGAAAUAUUCAACAGAAUAAAGUUGAGUGACAAAAAGGGUGAAGAAUAUUCUACCAAGACGAAAGCAAACUUUAAGGAAAAGGCAAUUGUUGUUCAUUAUAAUAUGAUUGCUGUGAGAUCCGUUGAGUUGACCCAUCUAGGACUGUUCAAAGUCAGCGUUAAUUUGUAUCUUCUUUCGAAAAGUUAUGAACUCGCUUCGUUUAAUACAAUCACCUUACGUGGAGACGAUUUAAAACGCUUUCAUAUAACUUUAGAUGCCAUCUUUGAACAUAAAACCACGCAGGUAACGUUCAAGUACAGGAAUUACGAAAAUGAGCGACUGGUUCUAUACGUAGAUCAGGUUGACCCAAUGCCAGAGGGAAGAAAAAUCGACGACUAUGCUGGCCUGGCCGAAGAAAUGCUAAUGCCACUCGAUUUUGACAAGUACUUCUUCAACGUGAAUGACGGAUUCAUACUCAUCAUGAAUCAUGCUAUAAGAUUCGAUGGUGAUACCUUCGUUGCGAUACCAGUUGAUAAGACGGAACUUCAAAUGAAGCAGUUCAAUUUUCAGAUAGGACAGGAAUAUUCACUAUCCAAAGCGUUGAACAACGUUGAAAUCAAGCUGAUAGCAACCAAAUCCAACGUAACCUUGCAUCGAUUUGAGAAAAAUCAACCGCAAAACAUCACCAUCAAAUAUCCAAACUAUUGCUUGGAAACGUUUGAUGGUGGUCUAACCGUUAUCCCACUUAAUCCCGAUCGCAUCACUCCAUACAAACUCUGGAAUCGAUCCCUCCACCCGGCCAGCAUCCCUCAGCUUCUACUGACAACCGAUCAAGAAGGUAACGUGUACGGAGCACCCGCCAGAAUAGUCCGGUUCGAUUGGAACAACUCGGUAGUGACGAUGACUACCAUCUCCGGGCUGGGAAGCCCGUCCAGAACUCGCUACCUAUACCUAGAUCCAGCCAUAAUGGACACCAGUGUGUACUACCGGACGACGCACGUGAUACCGGGUGGUUCUAGCGAUCUCAGGUUUGGAUACUUUGAGCAACGCACGGAUAUGGUACGUGGUAGGAACGAUGUGCAGGUGUUUGAUUCGAAGAAGCAGCUGUUCGAUAAGGAUUACCUCAGUCGAUUGGAGGCCAAGUCUCGCAAGCAAAGGGAAGAGCAGUUCCAGGACAUGAAGGAUGAUCCGCGGACUGUGAUUUGGGAUAAAAGUAGACGGUUUCCGGUAGUUCGAGCGGCACCGUUUCAGGUUGAGGACGAGGUAGUGGGAUUCAUGGGAUUCGAGGAGUACGAAGCUAAGAGAAGAUGGGAUUUCAAGCAAGAUUCUAUUGAAAAGGACAAAUUCUCUGCUACUGGAAAGAAUUAUCUGAGGUUGAAGAAGGGUGAACGCAUUUCAGUAACGUUCGUGCCAAAAAACUACGCCGGCGUAUUUGUAGCAAGAGCAUGCAUUAGACCAACCUCAAAAUCGGAUUUUCAAACACUUCCUGAUAAGAUUUCCAACAUUUUGGGUCUAUCCGCAUCAGGUUCAACCGUCAAAUCGUCUGGCGUUACGAUUUCCUCACGUCUGAAUGAGUGGUACAUUCUUCAAGCUAUGAUCAACAUGACAGAUUCCAUGAAUUCUCGAAUAUCUCUCGAAGUCAAUGCUCACCCAUUUGAGAUUCACGUUGACCAUGUCUUGUACGCCCCGCUGGAUCUCAACUUUGAAGCUAUCGUGUACGAUUCCCAAACGGCACUGCCAACCGAAGUGAUCCGGAACAACGGACAAGUCACGCGAUUCAUCAACGAUGGCUACGGCAGGAAGAUGGUUGAACUGUACCAGAGUGGACUUGUUAAGAUAUUUGAAAGUUACCAAGUGCGAUCUGAUAGUCCCUACCGGAAGGAGUUCUAUACCUCAUCGUUAGUUAUCAAGCCGAUUAACGGAAUUGUUACCCCAUUUAGUCCGUAUGUAAUACGCAACUAUUGGGACUUUGCAGAGAUUGAAAUAUUACAAAUUUCUCAGCGAUAUCUAAAAAUUAAUGGACAGAUUCACUACAAAAUCCCAAUAACCAGCGAUUCAGUUUGGCUGCAUUUUCAGUACGGAUCCCUGGCCAACGCUCUUUCUAUACGUAUUGGAUCAACUAUUGUUACUACGCUCCAUCGCAGUUCAAUUCCAACAAGUGGACAAUUGACAAUGUUGAUAAGUCCACACUUUUACACGAUCUGGAUUGAUGGAUCGCUGCUCCAAAGUGGAGUAAAAGCGGGUUUGAAAAUAAUUGGUUCAAAGCUAUCACUUGCUGGAAGUAUUGUCCUCUCGGACAUUGUCAUUAUCGACGGGUCCGAGUUUCUCAUAACCUACCACAAUCGCGAGUCUAAUCCUACUCAGGAAAUCCAGCUUGGUAGCAGCGGCAGUAUUUUCAUACGAGAAACGCUUUACGAUGAGAUCGACAGGAAAACGAAACAAACUCUGUGGACGAAACUUCAGCAUACGGAUGUGAAACAUCCCCUGGGAUAUCAAAACAAGUUUGUUGAAAGUCAUGAUCAAAGUGGCUCUCUGCACGGUCUGGUGGAAAAGUUCAAUCCAAAAGCGCCGAGCUAUCCGUACCAAGGCUUCCUCUACCACAACGUUCCAGUGGACGUUCAAAGUGGGGUCAGUCAACCGGGCAGUGCAAAUACCACCACUUUCAGCGUCAACUCCACAGUUCCAUACAUUCUGCUGCACUACCCAACGUCUCGGGGCUUCCGGCACUCUGAGGAACGAAAGCUGAACGGAGCGAUCCACGUCAGCGUAGAAGAUAACCGGAACCAAGUGGUAGCCGAGUACGCUCGCACCGAGGACUACAACAACAUCCUGACGACGUACGAGUACGAUGAGCUAGGGAAUUUGCUGCGAAUGAUUCCUCCGAAUCACCAUGAAGAUCAUGACAAAUAUGUUGCUGGGAAACAGUUGGAGUCUUCACCGUGGGAAAUUAAAAUGAAGUAUUAUGACAAUACUAAAUUACUAAAAUUGCGUCAGACUCCGGACUUUGGAAGGAUGGAAUUCGUCUACAAUGAGUAUGAUCAGCUAAGGUUUCAAUUUCAUUACAAUGAUGAAGGAAAACUCGUCAAAAUCAAGUAUUAUCUGUACAACAUAGAAGGUAGAACGCAAGAAUUUGGCUUGCUGGAUCCAAAGAUGCAUGGUGAACUUCGCAACGAUCCCAACAAACCAUUCCAGCGAGGUGAUACCUUCAUACUGUUUAAUUAUGGCGAAGAAGAUCCUGCGUUGCGAAAUCGAAUAAUCUAUGUAUUCAAACAGAAUGAGAAGCAGGUCCAGGAAGAAGUGUUUUUGUUUGACGAAGAGGAGAAUCUGAUCAGCAGGGAUAUCAUUUCCAACGGAGAAAUGGUUAAGAAUCGAUCGAUACAAUUCUAUCAUGAAAAUGAGAAAAUCUCCGUCAUUCAUUAUCCUACGGACAUAACCCUACACUGCAAUCACAAUUCCAGAGGAGAGAUAACCUCCAUUAUAGAUCAUUUUGGAACUAAAAUCGCUUCCUUCACUCACGAUCCUCAAGGGAAGGUCGCUACCAUAGUUCACGAAAAGGAGAACUUCACCGUCACCUAUUCAUACGAUACCGCUGGACAUUUGCUGAAGAUCAUGAGUCCAUUUCUUGAAGAGGUUAUAUCUCAUCAGGACGGAGGAUACGGAGCUGAACCCGUGGGCGAUGGAACGAUUCUUCGAACGGAAUUUCGCGCUCUCUGGCAUGAUAAGGCCGCUAGAAGUCAGAUUGCGCUCAAACCUUCAGAUUUUGUAAGUGAGAAGAUGAGUUACGAGAUGGCUGCGCUGUGUUACCGAGCGUUGAAGAAGAAAAAGCUUAUCGAUACGCUUGGACGACCCGUCAGGACGUUCUACCCAGAAUUGCACAUAGAUCUUCCGGUCAAAUGCUCCACGAGGGUUGAAGGAAAUCACGUAGCCGAGAUGUUCUUGACGAAGGGAUUCCCUCAGCUGUACGGACAUGCCUACAAGUAUGGGAGUCACGGUGAACUGAUUGAAGCGAAGAGUUACAUCCAGGAUGAGAGGGAUAGCCUUACGAGACCGUUGACAUUUAAAAGAUUCCAAGAAGUGUUCCGGAAGGCACGCUUGGAAGGCAAUGCAACUUCAACCUGGGAAAAUCUUAAAAAGCAUUAUCUGAUCUCCAAAGGUACAAAUGCUCUGCAGAUGGGUCAAUACUACGAAACCGAUAUCAAAUUCAGUACGCUGAGCGUGAUUUUGAAUAGGUAUCAUGUUUUAAAGAAUCCAGAUUCGAAAGAAAAUGCUGACACUCUUUGCGCCAAAUGGAUCAUCGAUUCAGACGGAAUCAAAAAAUGCAAACGAGACGUGACUUCCUACAGUCCAAAGGAGCGCACAAAGUUCAAGAACAUUGCUAAUCAUGCAAAGAUCAUCAAGUUAUUAGCGCCCUUUUUCGCAACUGAACUUGGAAAGUCUCCUGCAGAUGUGCACUCCUUCUCCAUCGAUAAGAACGGUAAUCACAAACUGUUCUACACUGGAUUUGAACGUUACGAAAUGAAGUACAAACAGUUCAAGAAUCAAAUUGAGUCCAUCAAGAUUUCAAGCCAUGGAAAACCAACAAAUUACGUACUAGAGCAUAACAGUGACGGGAAUGUAAUACGAGCUGAUCAUAAAGGCAUAUCGAAGAUCGAGUACGACCAUCUAGUGCAACGAGCUUCAAAGAUUGUCACAUCGAAAGUAACGGUAGAACUCUCUUACGACUACAAGGGCGAACGCACCUCGAAGAUUGUCCGCAACAAAAGCGGCGAUCUUCUGCUAAAACUCCACUACGUUCGCGAUCCCAAGGAAAACGUUCUGGUUGAACUCAAGCACGAAUACCCGGAUCCAAAGCAAACCGACAAACCAAUCGUGACGGUCACCUCCUACAUCCGAGGUCCGCUGGGAUUGAUCGGAUUCUACCGCAACAACGAAUACUACAGCGUUCUGCAGGAUCACGAGGGAUCCACGAGGUUGGUAGUCAAGGGCGGUCAGGUGAUCGCAGCGUACGAUUACCUUCCGUAUGGUCAGCUGAUACGGAGGUUCAACUCCGACCCUGAUGGUCAUGUAACGUAUCUGUACACGGGACAAGAGCUGGAUGAAGAGACCGGGUUGUACAACUACCACGCGCGGUUGUAUGACCCGGACUUGGGACGGUUCUACCAGGUUGAUCCUCAAGAACAAUAUCCUAGUCCGUACAAAUACGCUGGGAACUCCCCAAUUUCGCUGGUCGACCCGGACGGAGAAUUCGCUUUCCUCCUGUUCAUGAUUUGCUUGGGAGCGUUCCUGGCGGGAGCAGCACACAGUAAAACGUUCGACGUAACAAAAUGGAACUUCAAAGAUCCGAUGCUAUACCUCAGCAUGUUCGGUGGAGCAGUUGGUGGAGCGGCAGCUGCCAUGGGUGCUGCAGCUUCGUUGAGCUUUUUCACCUCGUUCUUUGGUGGAUCGACGGUUGCUGGUGUGUUGGCUACGGGAACACUUGCCGUGGCUGGAGCCCUGUUCGGAGGUGCCGGAGCUGCCAACGAGUGGAAUCCGGCCAAAUGGGACUGGACAUCGCCUGCACUGUACAGCGGGUUCUUCCGCGGGGCAACAUUCGCGCUCAGCUUACCCGGAGCCUAUCUGGGAGCAGUCAAAAUGAUGGCCAUGCUGGGAAAAACCGUUUACAAAACGGGACUGGCGCUUCUUAUUGCGGGAUUUGGCUACAUUGGAGGAGCAAUGGCCAACGAUUGGGAGUUUAAUCCAACCAAAUGGGACACUGGACCAAAAACACUCUUUGCCUUGUUUGACGGUACUACGAUUGCCCUUUUGACGGCAAGUACUCCGAUGAAAUUAGCAAAACCUCUGAAAUCCCUUACGAAAUUUAUUACACAUAAGAAAGAUCUCGUAAUGCGAAGUGUUAAAGUAGUAAGUUUCAAAGCUCUAACAUCCCAAACUAACAGGUUGGCGGUAUUUCAUGUAUCCCUGAUGGUUGGUAGACAGGCAGGCUUGAUGAAGAAGCUGCACCAGUUGCAAACAUCACCAGUAAGAGCCAUUGAAGGCAAAAAGAGAAACAAACGAGAUAUCUUUGAGUCCAUCCCCAGCAGUUCAGAUCGACUGGAAGACUUCUUGUCUACAAUUUGGUCAUACUUAAAUCUCAAUUCGGCUUUUGAAUCCCAUCAAGCACCAAAUGCUAAAACCUCAACGAAAUUGUACAAACGAAAAUCUAAAGAAACCAAAUCAAAGCAAUUCCAAAAAUAUUGUAUCCGUCCAACAAACUCCAAGUUCCACUUCAUUUGUCCUCAACAAAACUUUCAAAUCAGCGUUUAUCCCAAAAUGAAACCAUUCGAAGAGAUCGGCUUCGGGCAGGACACCUUUUCCCGUUGCAUGCCAAUCCAUUGGGACGACCUUCCAGCGGUAGCAUGUGAGGGGGUUCGAUCGACCUUUAUCUACACUGCUUACGAUCAGGCUACGGUGUUUCACUAUCUCGAUGGUUGGAUUAUGUUGGCGCGGGUUGCUCCAGCUAUUUGUAGGGAUUUAAAACGAGGUUUUAUGAAUCUCUUGAAAAUUUUCAUGCAAAAACCAAAGAAAAAUAAAAUUUCUCGAAGUGUUUUCAACCAAAUUGAAGAAGUUUUGAAGAGCGAAAUUGAUGAAAUUGAUGGUAUUUUGGAGCAAUCCUCUCAGAGUGAACAAAUUAUGCAAAUGUGGACAUUUUUGAAGGAGGAUAUUGCAGAAUUUCUGGAUAAAACAUGGUACAAGUACGACAAUUAUGAGUUUGAAAUCAUUCAAGAGCGAUUAAUUGCAUUCAAAGAAGAUAUUCUGGAAACAGCUUUAUUACAUACCUGCACUAGUGAGUUAGUAAAUAUGAGCAAAAUAAAUGUAAAAUCACUUAAAAUUAUGUCACAUUUCACAAGUAAUGAACCAAUCAAAAUGAUAAAUUAUUUCGGUUGUAUGCAAACUUUAAUAGCAAAUGAAAAUGAAUUAAACUAGAUCACAUUUAUUAAUUUUAUA